AUGGCAACGAUAUUCCAGAGCUUUCGAAGCUCGACCUUGUCGAAGCGCCUGCUCAUCUACGCCCUGCGGCGCCUGGAGCUCCUGGACGAGGAGACGCUGGAUAUGGAGAACCUACAGUUCGCACUCGGCAGGACCACCACAGCCGAGUUCAAAGAUGUUGGAGUGCGCCUCAAGAAACUCGAGCGCCUGCUGCAGCUCCCCUCUUCGUUCCGAAUCCAAAAGGCAAAAGUGCUGAAACUCAACGUCACGAUCCCCGUCGACUUUUACACGAGCCCUAUAAUCAUCGAGAUCGACGGCGUCGACGUGCGGCUGAAGGUGUCCACCGCCGGCGAAGAUGGCAAGGGCAAAGCGGCGGCCGCCACACCGAGCGAAGACUCCAAGGGACUGCCCAAUACCGUCAACCUCGCCGAGUCGUUCCUGAACGAGGAUGCCGCUUUGAAAGAUGCCAAACUGGCCGAGGAGAAGCGAAGGCUGGAAGAUGCUCUGGCGGCCGAAACGAUGGAUCUUGGGGGCUCGACUAUGAGCGAGAGCUCCAUGAGCGACGACGGCACUCAGUUCGGAACAGGCCAGGCGCUAUCCCUCCCGGGUUUCCUGGCCGGUUUCCUCCAGGGCAUCGUUGACCGUAUCCAAGUCCGCAUCCGAGGCGUCACAUUUCAGUUGGACGUUGAGGUUCCCGUCGAGCCAAGUUCGACAACGCCAGAGCUGGUCACUUUCCAGCUUGCUCUUGAUCGUAUAGACGUGGAGGGCGUUACCGCAGAGGCACACAACGAAGAGGGAGCGCCGACGAUAGUUCCAAAGGACGGAAAGCGCCACAUUGCCUUGUCCAAGAUCCGAGCCUUCCUGAUCUCAGAGGCGAACGUCUUUUCGCAGUUUGCGCGCUCUCCCUCGGUUUCGUCCCCUGCCGUCUCACAGUCUCCAUCAUUCAGCGAGCGCGCAUCCGCAUCGAGGCACAGCUCUUUUCGGCCAACCAUGCAAGACAGCUAUCUCUCCGAUUCAGCGGACCUCUCCGAGGUUGACGAUGCGCUUCUGCAGGACAGCGAAGAUGCGUUCAACAUACCUUACGACUUCUCAAGCCAACCGGCGGAACCAGUCGAGGAGGAAGAAACGAAUACGCCUAGGGCAUCGAUAUAUCAGGACUUCUCUCCUCGAGCACAUGUUCCGAUGUCCCAGUCCACCGUCCUGGGAGAUGACGAUCGUGCUGCUGCGUGGGCUAGUUUCCAGCGGGAAGCGAGAUCGGAGCCUUCGCUCCAACCCAUUGAGGGCAUUCCGCCAGUCGACCUGCUUGAGUUUGGGACACCCGAGGCACCGCAGCACUCUAUCGCGGCAAGCCACAACUCGAGUCCUGGAGGAGGCGAGGAUCUGGCACAGUCCCACCUAUUCACCCAUGAGGAGGCUGAGAGCAUGUAUAUGAGCGCCUUUUCCCAGGCUGAGCCGCAACCAACCGGAUCAAGGAUGCCAGGGGGCUGGGACGCCGAUCCGAGCCCAGAAACUUCACCCAAGGUCAAGAAAGCAAGCCCAGUACCGCGCCAGCCGUCGCCACCGGCAUUCGAAGCAGCCGUGACCACGCCUGAGCCAGCGACGCCCAAGUACUCGGAUGCACCAGCAUCUCCUCCGCCAAAGACACCGUCGUCGAUGGUCGAGUCAGAGUCAAGCUUCGAAGACGCGAGAGAGUCAAAGGAGUCUCCCAAGGUGGUGCCCGAAAGCGACGAUAUCGCAGAAACGCCCGCGCAGGCAGAUGAUGUUGCAACCCCAAGAGGGCCGACCAGACUGGUAAAGGAGCUUGUGUCUCUCCAGAGCAUAUCGCUGUACGUUCCGUCAUUACACCAACACGUACAUGUGCCAGCCGACGCUCACGCCUCGGUUCUGAGCCACAAUCCGGCGUCACCCGGCCUUGCUAGAUCAGUUGCGCCGCAAAUUCCUGGAGCCUUCUCGGUGUACUCCACAUCACCGGGACUGAAGUCGAGCUUUGCGCCUACGUCGCCGGGACUCGUUAUGACCGAGCCGGAAAGCGACGGGACCCUGGAGGUCCAACUUUCACCCCUGGAGAUCCGCUUCGACGCCUCGUUGGCGUAUCUGCUCGCCGUCGUGGUUGGCAAGUUAUUGGAUGCACUGAAGGGCAAGGACAGUCCUGCUCCUGCCCCGAAGACGACUGAAACCGCAAAGGCACAGCAGGACUUUACGAUGCCUGACAUGAAAGUGGUUUUUGAGAAGAUCUCACUCCAUCUUGUUCACCAACUUGGCGGUGUUGCCGACACUGCAGAAAGAAUCCUAGGCUCCCCAGGAUUGCAGAUGCAGCCAGAGAUCCUUCUCCGCACCGAUCUCGAUAACCUCAGUAUAUCGCUCAAGAAUUCUAAGAAAGCCCUUGAAACGACUAUGGACCUAGAAAAGUUCCGCUUUGGCUACGCAAAGGAUGAUAUCAUCUCAUUCGACCAGAGCCUUCAGAUGCGGGCUUCCGUCAUGGACAAGUUCCCAUCGGUCGGCUCAGACAUAUCCGUCAAGGUGAUAAAAUCAUCCGACUCAAUUCGGACGGAAAUUACGACCUUGCCACUGCUGGUGCACCUCGACCUGCAAAGGCUAGACGAGACGUUCAGUUGGUUUGGUGGCCUGAGCAGUUUUCUUAACAUGAGCUCUUCAAUCUCAUCGAACGCUUCCCCGUCCGUCAGAACGCCAGCACAGCCACCUCCAAAGCCCCGUGGAGUUCGCUUCGACGCCCCGAUCAACCCCGACGAUAAGUCAGCGUCGGCCGAAAACAAGAUUGAUAUGCGGAUAGGAGGCUUCAAUCUUGAACUGAAGGGCAAAGAGUGUAGUGUUGGCCUGGAGACGAGUGCGGUCAAGAUGGUGAGCCGAGAGUUGGGCAUCGGUUUUGCGAUCAGCAAAGUCCGACUUGCUGGACCUUACGUGAGAUACUCUCGAAGCGAGCCGCCUAUCUCGGCGGAUAUUGGAGGUGUACGCUUCGAAUACCUUGCGACACCGAAGGACAAGGACCUUGAGAGGCUUCUUGAACUCAUCAUCCCGUCUAAGGUCAAAUUCGACCAGGGCGACGAUGAGAUCAUGGUGGACACUCUCCUGCGACAACGGCGCAAGGGUGGCGUGCUGCGGGUCACUUUUGACCAGUUUAACGUGAGGGUUGAUCGGAUGCAUCAACUAAACUGCCUCCCUGCCCUGGGAGAAGAGGUUGCGCGACUGGCAACCGUUGCCAAAUAUCUCCCAGAAGACGACCGUCCAGGUAUUCUCCUUUUAGCUGAGGUCAAGGAGCUGGGUGCGGUCCUUGAUUUCGGCGGAAAACUUGGCAUGUUGAACGCGAACCUUAAGAACUUUGAAGUCGCUCAAAUUACGGUGCCCUCGUUGGUGGCAUUCGGCGUCCACGCCAUCUCCGUGAAUCGCAACCACCGAGAGGACCUUGUGAGUUCAUCAACAACAUUGCCGCCCGGAACGCUCAACCAAGGUCCUGUGCUUAUGGUACGGAUGAUUGGAGAUGAGAUGGAGCCAGUCAUAAAGAUCAAGAUGCGCGAUGUGACGAUCGACUACCGUGUGCCAACGAUUAUGGAUGUCCUGGGGCUUGGGGAGGAUGCUACACCACAAGACUUUGAAGCCAGCCUUGCUGCUUCUGUGGCCAAUCUCGGCGAGCAAGCACACACUGCCCUCGCCGGCAAGAGGCCUCAGACUACGACCCGACUUCCGGACCCUGCUCGACCUAACAGUAAGCCUAUGACGGUCGACUUGGUUCUUCGCGAUUGCUUGGUCGGCCUGAACCCCCUGGGUCUACCUUCGAAACUCCUCAUCGCCCUGACUGAUGCUCGGCUUCAAGUGGUGCUUCCAAAGGACGUGGACACCACGGCAAAUCUGGAUCUAAACAAGGCCUCGAUCCUGCUCAUCGACGAUGUGGCUAACAUAGGUGCGAGCUCUACUGUGAACCGUCGGCAGUCGGCAGACAUGUCAUCCCAGCAGGUUUCGCGACUAGUUUCGCAAGGCUUUGUAAGCAUCUGCUAUAUAUCCUCGGCAAAAGCAGUCGUGAAGGUGUCGGAAAGUCGAGAGGACGGUGAAAAGCAUGUCGAUAUCGAACUACGUGAUGAUCUGCUUGUGCUGGAGACGUGCGCCGACUCGACGCAGACUCUCAUCACCCUGGCCAAUGCGCUCACGCCGCCCACUCCGCCCAGCAAGGAGAACAAGUACCGGACCUCAGUUGUUCCGGUACAGGACCUCCUGGCUUCGAUAUCGGCGGAGGCAUUCGGCAGGGCAGAAGGCGACUACGACUUUGACAAGGAUUUUGAGCUUGCCCAAGAGCUGGGCGGCAGCGACGAAUACGAUGUCGCUAGCGACACCAGCCCGCUCCAAAUCGAUUCGCGCUACUACGGAGAUGCCGGCCCAUCGGAGCCGCUCUUUGAUGCCGAGGGCUCGAUAACGUCAAAUGCCACAACAACCCAGGAUACCCACGAUGGAGUACUGCUGACGAGCUUCAACGCGAAUGCAUCUCAGCAUUCCGACGACGGCAGCGACCUAGUGAUCCACGAGAACUUCUUCGAUAAGGGGCCCGAGACCGAUGGUAGAGCCCAGGUCUGGAACUCAUCCAAGAACAGCUACGACAGAGCGCCCAAGGAUCUCGUUAGGAGGAGCCCACUCCGAGUCUCGGUGCGUGACGUGCACGUAAUCUGGAACCUGUUUGAUGGAUACGACUGGGAACGUACGCGCGACGUUAUUUCCAAGGCCGUGCAGGACGUCGAGAACAAGGCCUAUGAGCGCCGCCGGCGAUCGGAUCGCGCCGUAUUCGAAGAUGACGCUGAAGAAGACGAGACUGUCAUUGGUGACUUCCUCUUCAACUCAAUCUACAUUGGGAUCUCAACCAAGCAAGACCCCCGAGAGCUUGCGCAAAUGGUCAACCAGGAGUUGAACGACAACGCCACCGAGACGGAGUCUCUCGCAACCACAGCAUUUACCACAACGACGAGUCGGGCGGGGGGUGUCAGGCCCAAGAAGAGGUUGAGACUGAACCGAAGCAGGCAUCACAAGAUUACGUUCGAACUGCAGGGAGUCAACGUGGAUCUGAUUGCCUUCCCUCCCGACUCUGGCGAGACACAGAGCUCCAUCGAUGUUCGAAUUCAGAACCUGGACGUCUUCGACCACGUCCCAACCUCGACUUGGAAGAAGUUUGCCACGUACGAUCAAGACGCCGGCGAGCGGGAGAUGGGUACCAGCAUGGCUCACCUGGAACUGCUCAAUGUGAAGCCCCAACCGGAUCUUGCGGCUUCCGAAAUGGUGUUGAGAGUCACAGUGCUGCCCCUUCGACUGCAUGUCGACCAAGAUGCCCUCGACUUCAUCACCAGAUUCUUCGAGUUCAAGGACGACAGCGCUCCUGUUCAUAGCUCGACCAGUGACGUACCGUUCCUCCAGCGCGUCGAGGUCCACGACAUUCCUGUCAAGCUGGAUUUCAAGCCCAAACGAGUUGACUACGCAGGAUUGAAGUCGGGCCGAACUACAGAGUUCAUGAACUUCAUCAUCCUGGACGAAGCACGCCUGACUCUGCGGCACACCAUCAUCUACGGCGUUUCCGGUUUCGACAGGAUGGGCAAGAUUCUCAACGAUAUCUGGAUGCCGGACGUCAAGGGGACUCAACUGGCUGGGGUUCUCGCCGGCCUCGCGCCGGUCCGCGGCAUCGUCAACAUCGGCAGUGGCUUCAAGGAACUCAUCGAGGUCCCCAUCAAGGAAUACAAGAAGGAUGGCCGCAUCGUCCGCAGCAUCGGCAAGGGCGCGGCGGCCUUCGCCCGCACCACCGGCACUGAGAUGGUCAAGUUCGGGGCCAAGCUGGCCAUCGGAACGCAGUACGCGCUUCAGGGGGCCGAGGGUCUGCUGAACAAGCCGCAGGCUGACAACACUUGGGAGGAGGCUAAUCUCGAUCCGGAGGAGAAGAAGCAGAUCUCCCUGUACGCGGACCAGCCCACCGGCGUCAUUCAAGGGCUGCGGGGAGGUUAUUCGAGCUUGACGAGAGACCUGAACAUGGCCCGCGAUGCCAUCAUUGCGGUGCCUGGCGAAGUCAUGGACAGCCAGAGUGCUCAGGGUCUCGCCAAAGCAGUAUGGAAGCGGGCACCCACCAUCAUCUUCCGUCCGGCCAUUGGAGCUACCAAGGUAAUCGGACAGACCCUGAUGGGCGCAACGAACAGUCUGGAUCCGCAGAACAGGCGUAGAGCUGAAGAAGUGAGUAGCCCUCUGACGCGAAUCCCUCCCCAAAAUGAAGAGUGA